AUAGGGUUAGGGUGGCCGCCCCUUGAUAAAAGUAGACAGUGACCCGGUUUUUUCCCCAUGCUACCCGUCCCGCCACGGGAGACAAAUCGAAGCUCACGACACAUGUGUGUGACUGAGAACAUUUUUGCGUAAAGCCUAAAAUACUAAAAACUGGUGCGUUUUUACCACUACUAGUACCUUUUCACCACUCGCGUACCUUUUGACUACUACUUGUACCUUUUACCUACUACUUCUAAGUACGUUUCUUCAACUGCUGGCACUAAAACUACCACACCUUUUACCUACUACAACUAUGUACUUUUCUUCAACUGCUGGUAGUAAUACUACCACAAGUACUAGUACUACUACUAAUCCCACGACUACUAACCUCCACUAAAGGAUACCUUCGAACAAGAAGCAAAACGCUUCAUCAAAGAAGCAAUCAUGGGUGUUGACGGUGUUCCCGGUUCCCGUGGUGGUGGCCUCGCUGGCCUUGUCCAACGACGUGUGGAGGGAGAAGUGACCAGCUACGACGCCUACCUUCGCGGCCAUCUGGAUAAACGCUUUGGCUCAUUCGCUGAAGAAAUGCUAGCCAAAAUGAGUCAAAUUCGAGAAGAUAUGCGUGUGGAAUUGAGGGAGUCGAUUCGGAAAGAGAUUGAAGAACAGCUAUCGGAUGAUGAUGCUGACAAAAGCGAGGACGGGGUGGCAUCGGAAAAAGGCUCUCAGGGAACAAAGGGGUUACUGUUGAAAAAGAUACGAGGGGAAGUGGAGAGUGGGUACUUCUAGAAUGCUUGUUCUUUCCUCCACUUCCUCGUAGUUCGUUGUUGUUUCUACUUGGUCGUACGAUCUACAUCUUUGCUCCUUGAGUCCUCGGUCAUCCUCAAGAACAUCGCUCAAACCUCUAUCAUGUUGAGAUUACUACUAACUUCCAUGUCUGUCCCUGCUCCUCCACCAUUUGGAUAAGUAAUCUCAUCCACCACUCUUGGCUUUACCUCUCCUAGGUGCUCCCGCGUGGUCGCUGAGGAUGUUACCAAGCUCGAGGAAUCUUUGGUUGCACAGAUACGCAAGGUGGAGACUGACUUAGAAAGUGGGAUUUCGAAUUUUCGAACAGCCUUUGAUGAGCAAGACACCCGUUUGGAUGACCUCGUGAGCAAUAUGACGCAACUACGGGAGACAAAACUGGAGUUAAGGCUACAAGAAAUCCAUCUUCCCUAGCACCAUCUUCUUGGUUCCGUUUUUGAAGUGAAAAUGAUAAAAGAGGACCACCAAGGAUCAUGCAGCUGAAGAUGUUGGGCCUCUUUUAGUUCUAACGGAGGUCGCCGAGCAUAGGGCGCAUCGCUCUGAAGUGAGCGAGCACAGGGACAGCAUGCAGUCGGAAAUAGAGAAGGCAUUGGCAGAACAAGAUGAAGAAGUGAAAAAAGUGGAGACUCGCUUGCAGCAGUCACUAUCGGACUUGAAUACGCGUGUGACACGGCAAAAUGAGGAGGCAGAUAAGCAUGCGGAAACGCUUACAGAAUUGAUAAAAAUGCGGCAUCGUGCGCAUCAAGCGGCGAUCACAGCGCAGGACCAAAAAUUGACUGAAUUCAAGCGCAACAUGGAGAAGGAACUCGCACGACUUGAAACAGAGGAUAUCAUAAAAAGGUCCUCCAGUGCCAGUGGCACAGUUGCGCUGGCGCAAGAUCAAGAGGAGAUGACGAUGAUCAAGUCGGCUUCAGCUACUGCUCAGCUACGUGGAGAACAAGAUGAACAUGAAGCUGUAGCUGACCAAGAAGAAUUUGCGAAGCACAACACCUUAAUGGAAGAAGAUGACGAGUUCGAACAAGACGGCUUCCAGGUGGGAAGUACUCUUCUUGGUAUCACCACAAACAGUAAGAAAAAGAAAGUACUAGACAUUAAGACAGUAAUACAGUAUAAUUCAUCUUGAGAAGCAUCUUUGGAGGCCCCUUUUUUAAGAGGAGAACACAUCGAAGAUGCUUUCCAAGAUGAAGAUAAGUAAGCUCUAAAGACAACAUGCGUGGAGCCGAAGGCGAAAUCGCAAGUGUACAGAUAGAGGAUGGUGAGGAGAACAAUGCUGCAAUGGACGAGUUGGCAAAGGCGAAAGCGAAAUUGCGCAGGGUCACUAAAUUCGGCAAAGAAGCUCUACAGAAGCCUACAGCUAAAGCAGUUAAGGGGUCCGGGUCUUGAAAACCAAAUGUGUACGUUUGUACAGGACAGUUUUUGAAUUUCUCAUAAACGAGAUGCACCUCUCGAUCUUCUAAGACCGCAGCGCAGCAGGAAGAACUGGUCCGAAGAGGUUCGAUUCCCGUGUCAGAGCAGAUGGCCUCUAUUCGCGCUUCUAGAAUGUCAAAAAUGCAAAAAAUGGAAGCAAGCGUGCGACGAUCUGAGUUUCAGCUUCGUCUGCAAGCCACCGAAAACAAGACAGCAGAACAGACGAUGAAUCGGCUAUCUCUUAUGGCUAGUUUGUCUUGAACGUUUGCUGUUGGUUAGUUGUACUUCCAUACAUGUAUGUUUGCUAUUCUUGCUUGAUGGUUCUAUAGGUACUAUGUUAGAAAUAUUGACUGGUAUGGGUUCUACUGUGCUUCCAAGAAUAUGAAGAUAGAUGAACAUUUUUGUAGUCAGAUAAAAUUUGUAAUUGUAAUAUUACUGGACGAUGAUGAAGAGUAGCUAUUUUUGGUAUAACCACUUGAUCUAGUUCUAAUGAGAAGCGAAGAACAGGAGCAUUCGGAGUACAAGCACAGGUAGGACCACUAGGACAGGUCGCGACGCCAGCCGACGUCGCGCCGUCCACUGACGCAUCAAGAGAGAUGAAGCAGCACCAGGCGCGUUUGUCCACCGCAGUCGCCCACCGACUCCAGCACUACUCGCAACGGAAAAACAAAGCUCCGCAAGAGAAACCUGUCCCAACGGUCCGCAAUACGGACGAAACGACUGUUGGUAGACUAGCAAAGUCCGUUGUUAAUGCACCUGUGAUCGUGAACAGCCACAUGAGCGACAAGAACGACGAUAAUGCACGCAGUAACAACGUCAAUGCGCCGCGUCCAUCAGGAGUAUUAUCUCCAAGGACAGGGAAAACUAUUAUCAGUAAUAUCAUGGCUUCGUCUUCACCUCCUACUACUCCUAAAGCGUCGAACAAGAAAGCACAGAUGUCGAUGAAGAACUUGGACCUCCUCAGUAGCCCGAGUCCGAGAGCAGUGGCUGCGAAAGCUCAAGAUCAAGAUGAAGAUGAUGAAGCUGAAGGCGAAGAGAGAGGUAAAAACAAGCUUACAGUGCUUUUCUCCAAGAAAAACCUGGCUAAAUUAGAUGCCUUGUCUCCUCGCUCGGCUGCAGCCGCAACCGAAGAUGAAACUUCUAAAAAAGUAGACCAAGAGCAGGCUCUUCAGGGCGCUGGUGCGAAGCCUAGUAUCACAUCAUUUGGUGGGCAUUUUGGAACUGAUGGUGCGAAAACACAACUAAAAGUUGAGGAGUCAGAUGAUAGUUGGAGUUCUACAACCAGUAAAGAAGACGGAGACGGAGUAGAGAGGCUGAAGAUACUAGACGGAUCUGCUCAUGUAGAUGUUGGUGCCCAGCUGCCCCAAGUGGACAACGUAGUCGACGGGAAUACAGAAAUUAAGGCGUACCGUAAUUCAUCCUAAGAAGCAGCUUUGACCCCUUUACUAAGGAGGAAAUGCGUCAAAGAUGCUUUUCAAGAUGAAUAUAAGUCUAAGGUCUAAAGAAAGUGGUCACGUUGGCGGGGUCGAUGCCACAGUCGACGCUCGCAGCAACAAGAACCUCAUUUUUGCCGAUGAGCAAGCAGAAGCAUUGGGCUUUGCGGUGGCGUCAGCCGUGGCAGAAGCCGUUGCCGAGGAGCGCCGAGUAACGCGCGCUAUGCUGGCAGAAACGUAUGAUGUGCUGCAGGAGGACAUCAGUCGCGUAGGUGCCGAAGUAGUUGUGCAGGACCAAGGGAGAAGGACGCAAGGGACAAGCACGUUGAUGAAGACGAGCCUCGUCAGCCUCGGAGGUGAUCUGCGAGAUCCGGACUAUCUAGUGGAACGCAUAUCGCAGUUUUCGCGUGAGGUGGAAGAAGAAGAUUACGGUCUUAUUAUAAAUCUAGAUGUUCUAUGGUCUUACUUCUAUCUCCGAGGUCUUAUUAUAAAUCUAGAUCUUCUACUAUCUCCUAGUACUAGAGUGGUCUAGAUGCGACUUAAAUCAUGCACACCCUCAUGAUUAAAGCCGGCUUUGAUUUGAGUUUGUCUUUGACGGCUUCGUGGUGAAAGUUGCGUUUGAUUUGAUUUGUGCUCGUCUUCGUAAAGGUUGCGUGAUAGUGAACAGUCAUCUUGCUAAUGCUACUUAGAAGUUUCCCUCAUGCUGAGGCCACCAAAUUGAAACUCUUCUAAGCGAAACGAGGAGACAUGGAAAACAGCCUCUCUCCCGCACACCGAGGCAGUGCUGCUGCCGCAGGCAUGUAUUUGUCAUACGGUGGUGGUAAUAGCAUGCAGCAACUUAAUAGUUAUGGAGCCUCCGUGGAUCAUGACAUUGUCAAUGCAUUGCGGAACGAAAUGAAGGAGAUCCGUGAAGACCGUGUCGCUUUGAGACAGAGGAUGUACCAACUAGAGGCGCGGGUCGAGAUCAUACAGGAAACGACUUCUGCGCCGAACAAGGAUUCGGUUGGAGCUGCUGCUCUUGCUGCUGCUAGUGCACUAAAACCGACUCUCGAAGAAGACGCUGACGGCAAAGUGGACGAGUCCAACGAGCUCCAAGUCUCCUCGAAAGAACAAGAAAGGCCAGUUGUUGAACAACAACUACGGCAAGAAGAAGAAGAAGAACUUCACACACCUAAAAAACAAGUUCAAGUUGGUGAAGAUCAAGAGGAACAAGCAGAAGAGAAUGCUUCCGAGUCUGAGGAGGGUGGGAUAGCUGCUUUGCCGUUUGCUGGGGGGACGAAAGUUACGGGUAACUUCAACCCACCUCCACGAGCAUCUUUAUUUGGUCGUUUAUUUCUACUUGAAAAUAUAAAUUUGAUCCUAAGGGUUCUCUUCUUGUUUUUCCUUAGGAUCAAAUUCAGGUUACCAAAUACCGGAACCAUUCAAGAUGAUGAUGUUCUAAGAGACGCUGGGUUGUCGGUACCUCUAACACGGUAAAAGCCUAUCUAGAUCAUUUGAAUGAGAAGCAGCAGGUCAGCGAAAGUCCUGUAGACCAGGUCAAUACCAUCAAGAGAAAAACGGCCACAGCAGAAUUAGCCUUCUUACCGAAUGAGACUACAAUAGUAAAACUAGCCAAUGUAGAGCGGGAACUUCGUCAAAUGAUUGGGUCCAUUUCUGCGAAGAUUGAGGCCUGUGAGGUAAAACUACGUGCACGAGAUCUAGUUGACCAAGACAGCGUGGAGCAACAGAGGGCAGCGGCAAGACGCUUGAGCAAGAUCGAGCGACUUGCUGAGCAGCUGGAGUCGAAAGCUUUUGCGUCUGAGGCCAGGCUUCGCUCAACAGAAGCCGAGAAUCGCCGUAAAAGCGAAGCAGGUGCAAGAAAGACAUCUUCAUCAAGGAUCUCUACUUUGUUGAAAACGUUGGACCACAGUACAAGUGAUGCCUCGAGAAAAAGCUACAACUACAGGGGCAAAAACUACGUAGGCGCAGCUGCAGACAACUAUGUUGAAACCGGAGUAGGAGUUCCACUAGAUGACGAGCAGGAGCAGCUCGUUGAGCGGUCUCCUACAAGUAUUGCACACCAUAGGCGUCCGGAAGGGAUAACUCCAUUAGAGCGCGUGACGGAGAGGGUUGACACUCUCGAGACGCAAGUUGAAAAGCGGCUAUCGGCGCUCGACCACAUGAUCGAAGAUAUGCGGACGAGGAGGAACAACAGCAAUAUUUUUAGCAGGCCAGAGUCUCUGAGCUUUCCCUCUGGUGCUUUACAGAAUAGCAGAGAAUCUGCGUCAAUUGGACAGCUACAAGAGCGUGGCAAAGCAGGCGCCGCAUCAGUUGUGAUGGGAAGCAACCUAGCGGCGGAGGAAAGGGUGACAAGGAUGACUACAGCACAACUUCAAC